GUUGCCAUUUUCAAGGUCAAUAUGAGCGGCUUCCCGGGUAACCUUUCAGAUAGCCAGAAGGAGAAAUUAAGAAAGUUCAAGGAAAAUGUUUCAGACGUUCUUAAGCCAGAGCAUGACGAUGUCUUACUCUUGAAGUUCCUUAGGGCAAGAAAAUUUGACCUGAAAAGGACAGAGAAGAUGUUAAGGAUGGAUAUCAAGUGGAGAGAAGAAAAUAAGGUCAGCACCAUUCUUGAUUGGUACAAGAUCCCAGAGGUUUUCGAGAAGUACUGGUGCGGCGGAGUGUGUGGAUUGGAUAAAGAGGGUCAUGCUAUCUACAUAUCACCGGUUGGAAACUUUGAUCCUAAAGGGGUCUUAUUUUCGGCGAAGGCCAGUGACAUUCUGAAGACUUACAUCCAUUCAAUUGAAUACCAGUUCAGGAGUCACAAGCGGUUCUCUGAACAGACUGCUGUGAUUGCUGAGCAGCAUUAUCCAGAGUUGAUCUACCGUCUCUUCAUAAUCCGAGCACCCAAGAUCUUCCCGGUGACCUAUUCAUUAGUCAAGCCUUUCCUCCGUGAGGACACCAGAAAGAAAAUCCAGGUUUUGGGAAGUAAUUGGAAGGAGGUUUUGUUGAAGCAAAUAGACCCCGAUCAGCUACCGGUUUACUGGGGAGGAACCAAGACAGAUCCUGAUGGAAACGAGAUGUGUACUUCACUGAUAAGAGUGGGUGGCAAAAUUCCCAAGUCAUUCUACCUAAAGGACCGUGAACCGCCGCAUACACUGACAACGCAUGAAGUGUCAAGAGGGGGAGUCAUCGAAUUCAAGUAUGAAGUCAAGAACGCCAACAGCGUCAUGAGGUAUGAGUUUCAGACGGAUUGCAGUGACAUCAAAUUUGGGUUUGAUCUCGUGGACGCGAAGGGUAAGAAGACUGCCAUUUUGAAACUGGAGAAGUACAACAGUCACAUGGUACCUGAGAACGGAGAAAUCAUGAUCGCUGAACCUGGCACAUACGUUGCACGAUUUGACAACAGUCACAGCUGGACUAAAUCAAAGAAGCUCUCCUAUUGGCUGGAGCUAUUGGAGCCUAGUGACGUAGAACCAGAGUUUCAGGAGAUGGUGGAAGGAGCAGAUAGCAUGAACCUCAAUGAUUAACGAUUACAGGGAGUGGUUUACAAAAUGGCGACCACGUGAACUAAUGAUAUAUGGAUCUACAAAGCACUUUUCCUUAUGAUACAGUGUAUAAUAACAGCUACAUAGUUCUAAAAGGUAGUAAUGUGCUAAAAAAGCUCCACGGUUAAAUAGAAUGGAGUUGAAUUAAAUGUAUUUAUUCGCCACCAUUGAAACCAUUGAAACAACAUAUUUAUCAAUGUACAAUGAC